AUGAGGUCUCUUUUCGUUCUUGGUGUCUUCUUCACGGCGUCUGCUCACGCGACGACCACCAGCGGCAAAUUUACCGCUCUGAGCUUCAAUGUUGCAGGUCUCCCUUCUAUUCUGCAGUCUAAUGACGUGAAUGGAUCUAAAACUGAAAACGCUGGAGAGAUUGGUACCUACUUUUCUGAAUAUGGCUACGAUAUCAUUCAUAUGCAGGAGGAUUUUAACUACCAUGCGUACAUUUACGCUACCGAUGACCAUGCCUACCGCACCGCCACUUCCGGGGGUGCGGGUAUUGGAAGUGGACUGAACACUGUCUCAAACUACGAUUGGGUUGAUUUCGCACGUGAGAAAUGGGAUGACUGCUCUGAUGAUUCCGGAAGCGAUUGUCUUACUCCAAAGGGAUUCACCUUCAUGCGCUGGAACCCAUCCACUGGAGUAUACAUUGACUUCUACAAUGUCCAUGCCGAUGCUGGCACCGAAGAUGGAGACGAGACUGCGCGCAAUAGCAAUUUGCAGCAAGUGGCGGACUACAUCGACACCUGGUCUAUCGGAAAUGCAGUUGUUGUGAUGGGCGACACUAACAGUCGUUACACUCGAAGUGAAGAUACUGGCGUUCGGGUCUUCAAGUCUCAGAACAGCCUCACUGAUGCCUGGGUUCAACUGGAAAUGAGCGGUGUCUAUCCGACAGCGGGAGCUGAUGCCGUCGUGUGUGACAACCCGUCUACCGUUGAAACUUGCGAGACUGUCGAUAAGGUCCUCUACCGUGGAUCUGACAUCGUCACCCUUUCUGCCACCAGCUUCUACUAUGAUGGCGAAAAGUUCCUCAACACCGACUCUGAUUAUCUGGGUGACGUUUUGUCUGACCACAACCCUGUUCUGGUCAACUUCACUUGGGCUAUGUCGAGUUCCCUUCGACAGAGCGAAUUCUCUGGUGGUCCAUAUGGAACCUGGUUCAAUGAUCUGCCCAACAUCCCAUCUUCUCCCAAGGCUUCCGUGUUGACCUUCCGUGGCGCCAAUCGUCUGGAUGCUGUCGCACUGGAACUUACCGACGGAACAUCCUUCAGCCACGGAGGAACUGGUGGCACUGAAGUGACCCUGACCCUCGGCUCCGGAGAGCACUGGAUCACUACUGAGCUUUGCACCGGUACAUACAACAGCGAGACUCGGAACUUCUACAUCAAGGCUACUACCAGUGCUGGAAACACUUUGGAAGCUGGAACCUCCACCGACAGUUGUACCACGUAUACUGCCGAUUCUGGGUAUGCAGUUGUUGGAUUUAUGGGACAGGAUGGUGAUGAGAUGGACCAGUUGGCUCUUAUCUAUGCUCCUUUCUAG